UCUACACACACUUCAUCAGUCUGCUCGCCCUGUGAAAAAUUAGUUGUGAGCGUGGGUUCGUGCAGAGAAGAAUGGCGGGAAAGCAAUUCGCCGGCGACGGAGUGCCGCCGAGCCUUGCCGGCAUGUCCAAGAAUCAGCUCUACGAUAUUAUGUCUCAGAUGAAGACAUUGAUAGAGCAGAAUAAGCAGCAAGCGAGGCAAAUUCUUAUUCAGAAUCCUGUUUUGACAAGAGCUCUUUUUCAGGCACAAAUUAUGCUAGGAAUGGUGCAGCCCCCGAAAGCUUCGCCGGCAAUUUCAUCAACAGCAUCACAGAUUCCUUCCCCCAAUCCACCACCUGUAUCAAAUCAAAAGCCCAAAAUUCAACCCACAUCAUCCUUCCCGGGCCAAACUGUUCCUAAUCAGAUAAGGAAGCAACCGACGAACCAAACUCCAAGCCAAAACCCAAACCAAACUAUGGCAUCCAGAAACCCUCAGCCCCAAUCUGCCCCCUCGCGACAAUUACAGCCACAAAUGCAAUCUAAGGCCCAUAAUGGGGCCCAAUCAGCACAAAUGUCCAUGCCAAUGCCAGCAAAAUCCUCUCAAGUUUCUAAUAUAACUCAAUUGCCCUCUCAAUUGCCACAGCAUAGUGUUUCACAGUCACCUUCACUCAACCAGCCCUCUGUGCCUUCUCUGCCGCCACAGUCACAGCAGCCUAUCCAAAGUAGCGGCAAUCACUAUUUGCCUUCUAUGCCGCUACAGCCGAGGGGCCUGAUGCCGGGCUUCCCACAUCAGGGUCAUGGUGGGAUGGGCCCGAAUAUGGGCUUUCAGCAUCCGGGUGGACCGCCUAUGCAUCAUUCGCAGCAUAUGUAUCAUUCAGGUGGGAAACCUCAUGGUAGUAUGGGGCCUUCAUUUCCACAAGGACAGCUGCCACAUCCUAAUCAGCCUAUGCCCCCGUCAAUUUAUCAGACUGGAAAUCCACACUUGGGAAUGGAUUAUAAUCAGAGUGGAAAUCCGAUGGGCCAGCUUCAGCGGCCACUGUCAUUUCCUGGUCAGGUGGGGCCUAGCAAUCAGCCUCCUCAACCAGAUCAGCAGUUGACUCCUGAGUUGGAAAAGACGUUAUUGCAGCAAGUUAUGAGCCUCACACCGGAACAGAUUAAUUCGAUGCCACCCGAACAUAGAAAUCAGAUACUUCAGUUGCAGCAAAUGCUUCGUCAAUGAGGGUUUUUUUUCUUAUUUAUUUAAUUAUUUUAUUUUAUUUUUAUUUUGUGUGUGUGUGUUUAUUUUUUGGAAAGACAUUCUGAAUCCAUGUUGUAAUUUUGGUAAAUUUUAUAUGUCCACCAUCCGUCUACUUCCGUUUCCAUUUUUUAUUAGCUGGUUAACUUUUAAUUUCUAAUUAUAUGUGAUUGAAUCAGGGGUGUAUUAGACUUGAAAUACUUCCUGAUUUUAUAAACCAUCUCUGUGUUUUAACUUAUCAACC